UGUGGUUUUGGGCAGGCACAAUAGAACUUGUUCUGCAGUAGUCUGCUGGUCUGGGAGUCUAGGAGAAAGAGGAAUGUGAACCAUGCAUAGAAUUGAAACAAUGCCAAGACUUCAUGGGAACAGGCAGGAGCGGCUGCAGCUCCUCCACGGGAGGAUCCAGUCUCUAGGUAAAGCCCUGCUGAGGUCUGUAGCCAGGAAUAGGGCAGAAGGAGAGGGACCCAGAUUCCUCCAGACACUCAGAACCUGCUUCCCAGGUGGGUCCUACCUGGCUGAAAUUCUGGGGGUGUCCUCUGUCUCUUGCAUGGCCUGUGGAAGGGGAGGAGAGGGACAGGAUGACCCCAGCAUGGUCACAUGCAUCACCCCUCAGUGUAAAGGGGUAUACUGUAAGCAGUGCUUCCAGAGUAUGGGCCAGGUCUGUGCAGUUUGCAUGGGACCCCUGACCUUUCAGGAGGACUGUGAGGAAGAGCUGGGAGUCUUGCACAGGGACACAUUACACACGAUGAUCACCUGUUAGACUGUUAAACCUGUUAGACUUUAGCUGACCACCUAACAAUCAUGUUACACUUUGUUUGGUUACACUUAAAAUACAGUAAGUUACUCACUUGCCCCAAUUGCAUUUUGUCACUAGAAACCACUUGUCACAUGGAGAUGUGACUCUUCAUAUUUAUGAUUAUGAUCACUACUAUCAUUACCAUCAGAAUUAACAUGAUCUGACAUUUAAUUGAGCAUUCAUUAACUCUGCCUGUCAACCCCAGUGAGCCAGAUAUGACUUACCAAGACUACUCAGAACAGGACCACUCUGAGCCUAGUGACCAUUACUAUAACCACAACCCAACCUUGGCCGUCUGUGUGAGCGGGGGGGCUGGAGACCCAAGGGUGCGAGAGUGACACUUCAUACAGUGAAGCCUCGUUUCACUCUAUCACCUCUGACUGGAUUGCCCACUCUCAGUAUGGACCCCUGAGAACGGUCACAGUCCACAGCCUUGACCACAACUCACAACCGCAACUUUCUCAGGGAUGACCACCUUAAAACCAACCAGCUCCACUUACAUUCAGAAGGAACUAAUUGUGCUCAGCUCAGAAUACUGCAGUCUGUGAUAGAGGCUACAGAUGCUAAUAGGGAAGAGCAAAUGACUUUCCAAGUUAUAUACAUUUAAUUUAGUAUUCAAAUACAUGUUUUCUAUGUUAUCAAAGCAUUAGCCCAUUUAUUUUCCAUAUGUAAGUACGAUAAAAAUAGAGGAACUUCAUAGUGAACUUUUAGAUGCAUUUGAAGUGUUCUCCAAAUCUAGAAUGUAAAUGAGCUUUGGUUUUGGUUAAAUUCCCACCAUUUAUGAUUUAGUAACAUUGGAAUGCACUGCAUUUAUCACCUGCACUCCAGCGGUUCAUUUAUAAUCAAACUGAUGAUAACCUUAGAUGCUAUAGGGCCAAUGACCUUAGAGUUAUUUGAAAGAUGAAUAGUACAAGCUGAUGUCAUGAAUUGUGGAUUGACCAUUUUAAGAGAAUAAAUACAAUAUUUAAGAUUUACAUUUUAUAAUGUUAGUCAAAGACUGUUUUGUGAUAUUCAUAUUUGUAUGUCUCUGUGGAAAGUUGGAAACAGAUAAGGACACUAUGACUUUGUAA